AUGAAAUCGAUGUUUAUUUCUACUUCAUACUUUUGUUUCAUUUCAGUACCAUUACGUGCAAGUUCCAUUGAUAUUCAUCCGAAUGCAAAAUGGUCACAGAAUGGUCUCACUGUUGCUGGAGGAAAUGGACGAGGCAGUGGAAUAAAUCAACUCUAUUGGCCAUUGGGCUUGUACAUCGACGAUGAUCAAACGAUUUAUGUCGCUGAUUGCCUUAAUCACCGUAUAGUGGAAUGGAAAUCUGGUGCAACGAAUGGAAAAGUCGUUGCUGGCGAAAAUGGAGAUGAAAAUGGAGAUGAAAAUGGAGAUGGAGCUCAUCAAUUAGAUCGCCCACGUGAUGCGAUUAUUGACAAAGAGAGCGAUAGUCUCAUCAUCAGCGAUACAUGGAAUACAAGAAUAGUUCGUUGGCCACGUCGAAAUGGUACUAGUGGAGAAACAAUCAUUUCGAAUAUCGCUUGCAUCGGUUUGACAAUGAACGAAAAUGGAUCACUCUAUGUCGUUGACUAUGAACAACAUGAAGUGAGACGGUAUAAAAUUGGUGACACUCAAGGAACAGUGGUUGCAGGUGGGAAUGGAAAAGGAAAUCGUCUCGAUCAACUUUCUUGUCCAGACUACGUAUUUGUCGAUCGAGAUCAUUCAGUAUAUGUGUCUGAUUAUGAAAAUCAUCGUGUAAUGAAAUGGGAAGAAGAUGCAACACAAGGCAUUGUUGUAGCCGGUGGUCAAGGACAAGGAAAUAGUCUUACACAACUGAAUAAUCCUCUAGGAAUCGUUGUCGAUCCAUUGGGUACUGUCUAUGUGGCUGAUUCUUGGAAUCAACGAAUCAUGCGUUGGCCAAAAGGAGCCACACAAGGAAGUGUCAUUGUUGGUGGAAACGGUAAAGGAGCACAGUCGAAUCAACUCAAUAUCCCCAUAGGUUUAUCAUUUGAUCGACAUGGCAAUCUCUAUGUCGUCGAAUGGGGAAAUAAUCGAGUACAAAAAUUUCAUAUAGAAUGA